AUAAUACUCAGGCUUGGCGUUUAACGUUACUUGUGGCUUUGUGUGGGAGUCACUGUCAUACUUUGACCCCUUGUGCUUUGCCAUAAAGUUCUGAGAUCAGAUACGUGGGUAAUAAAUCAACCAGUGAAGAUAAAAAACAAACACAGAUCAGCAGCAAGGUGGAAUUCCUGCAUAUCCUGUAAUGGGGCUAAAAGGAUCGAAGCUCCCGGAUGCUCGCAUUCUUCUCUUGGGACUGGAUGGUGCCGGGAAAUCAACUCUGCUGUUCAAACUGAAGUACGAUGAGUUGUUCUGCACCGUCCCAACCAUCGGCUUCAACGUUGAAAUGAUGGAGGCCAAGCAGAACAGGAGGAAAAUCACCCUGACCGUGUGGGAUGUCGGAGGACAGGAGAAGAUGAGACAGCACUGGAGGAGCUACUACCAAGACACUGCUGGGCUCCUGUUUACCAUCGACUGCUGGGACAGGACACGUCUGAACGAAGCCCAAAGAGAACUGGAACGAGUGCUGAAGAACGAGCACCUCAGAAGACUUCCUGUGGUCAUCCUGGCUAACAAGCAGGACAAAGAUGGAGCCCUGACAGCGACUGAGCUCACAGAGGCAUUUAACCUGAGGAAGACUUGCAGCGACAGGGACUGGUUCGUCCAACCUUGCUCGGGAAAGACCGGAGCCGGAGUUCAGGAAGGGUUCAGGAGGAUGGCACUCUUGGUGGAAACCACCUCCGACAACAACAUUAAAGACACGGUCAAGUAUCUAAAAAAGUCCAUAAAGAAGUAGAUAAUGAAUGUGAUCAAAGUCUCUUGAUGAUUAAAAUAUCCAGGACUUCUGACCAGGAAGGAGAACUUCUCUUAAAUCAUGUACUCUACAUUUUUGGUUUUAAUUUCAUGUCAAAAUGUAUUUUAAUUCUUUACUCUGAGCUGAAACACUUUAAAGCAGGUUUUGUUUUGAAUCCUCGAUUUAUUUCUUGAAUUUCAGACUUUAAAUAAAAUAAAAAAAUAAAAAAAAAACAGUGAAUCAUGUGCACUGUGCUGUUGAACAAAGGCCUCUCUCAGGUCCAAACUGAGGAGCAGAAGUAGUCCAUUCAAGGCAUUUACUGUUUAUUUAUUCAAAAGAAAUAUCACUUUGGAUUGAGCAGGUUAUCGGCCUGAAUAUAUAAGCAAAUAAAGUGAGUAGAAGUUAAAUAAAUAAAUAAUUUAUGUAUUUAUUUAUUAAAUGUUAUUCAUUUUUGCUCACUUUAAAGACUAAAUAAUUAAUUAGUUGUUUAAGGUUUUAAAAUAUUUUGUUAAAACCCAGAAAAACGACUCCUUAGUGUUUGAUCCAUGACAUUUCAGGUCUAAAGCAGAUUACUGGAUUAUACUUUGAGAACAAAACAAGGAUCAUCAUUGUGUUGGCAUUGUGGUGAUGUUAUGACUCGUGCGUGAUAAAAAUGUGCUGAAAUAAAAACACUUCAACACA